CCUCUGACACCUCAGAUCAUGCCUCUACUGACCCUAAUGGUGCUUGCCCUGGUGACAGGUCGUGGCCGAGCAGAGACAAGAAUUAUAAAGGGGUAUGAGUGUCCAGCCCACUCCCAGCCCUGGCAGGUCGCACUGUUUCAGAAGUCUCGCCUGCACUGUGGGGCUACCCUCAUCAAUCGACAAUGGCUACUCACCGCAGCUCACUGCAAGAAGCCCCAGUACUGGGUCUACCUGGGGGAGCAUAACCUUCAGCGACCAGAUGCCUGUGAGCAGAAGCGGAUGGCGACCCUUUCCUUCCCCCACCCGGGCUUCAACGGCAGCCUCCCCAACAAGGACCAUCGAAAUGACAUCAUGCUGGUGAAGAUGAAAUCCCCCGUGAUGCUGACGAGGGGCGUGAGGCCCUUAGCCCUGCCUGAGGACUGUGCCACUGCUGGCUCCCAAUGCCUCAUCUCCGGCUGGGGCACCACCACUAGCCCCCAGUUGACCCUCCCCCAUACCCUUCGAUGUGCCAACAUAACCCUCAUCGAUCACAGGGAGUGUGAAGGGGCUUAUCCUGGGAAUAUCACAGAUACCAUGGUGUGUGCCGGUGUCACAAAGGAGGGCAAGGACUCCUGCCAGGGUGAUUCUGGGGGGCCCUUGGUGUGCAACGGAACACUUCAAGGCAUCAUUUCCUGGGGCCAAGACCCCUGUGCUGUCAGCCGGAAGCCAGGGGUCUAUACCAAGGUCUGCAAAUAUGUGGAUUGGAUCAAUGAAACCAUUAAAGAAAAUUCACCCUGACCAAGAAUAUUUCCAUUGAUCUCUCUCCCCCAACCCUU